UGACACGUUGUAUUAGUCCUGAAUUGGUUGUGGCUUCGAAAGGAACUGUGAUCUUUUCACAGUCUUUCUCCUGAACUUCGGAGGCUGAACGUGAAUAAAGAGCACAGCUCACAUAGCUUGGAGUCAACGAACAAAACGAAGAGCCACUAUAUUUCAAGAUAAAGCAAAAACGUCUGCCUACUGUACUACCUGAAUUUGUUAAGAACUUCACGUGAUAUCUGUCAGUGAUUGUGGGUGUUUCAACUACCAUUCCAAGGGAAUUCACGCCAUGGAAAAUAAUGCUGAGAGUUUCCCAAAGGUAUCUGGCCCUAUAAAAGCACAGCUUAACGGCAGGUGUCUAACUUCUGUAAUUGCUAACGAUAACAUGAACCACAUGGGCAGCAAGGUACAGGAGGUCUCCUCAGCAGAUGAUUCUGGGAUUGACAGUCCAUCUGUAGAUGCAGAUGCUGAGCUUUCAGAAGAGGUGAAAGGUUUAUCGCUGUCGGAUUUUACCGUCACAUUUGAGGGGGCAUCUCCUGGGAGUUUUGAAGAGGCUGUGAAGGCUUCAGGAGGAGCCAGCAAGAUCACAGAGGAAGCACCUAUCCCAGUUACAGGUGAUGUCUGCCUGGCUCCGGCCGAGCAAUACUGGAGCGCUGAACGGGAGAAGGCAGUGAAGCUGAAGAUGGCUGAGUCAGGUCCAGGCUCUGAGCCUCCACUCACAGUCCAUCAGAUGUUCCAGGACACAGUGGAUAAAUUUGCCGAUCACCCAGCCCUCCGGUGGAAGAAAGACGGCGUCUGGCUCACAUUGACCUACACGGAAUACCAACAGCAGUGCCGAAUGGCAGCCAAGAGCUUUCUCAAGUUGGGGUUGGAACGUUUCCAUGGAGUCGGUAUUCUGGGCUUCAAUUCUCCUGAGUGGUUCAUCGCAAACAUUGCCUGUAUCAUGGCAGGAGGACUCGCUACUGGAAUCUACACUACCAACUCUCCAGAAGCCUGCCAGUAUGUAGCUCAUAACAGUGAAGCCAACGUUUUGGUUGUGGAAAACAACAAGCAGCUUGUGAAAAUCCUCCAGGUGAAAGACCAGCUUCCACAUUUGAAGGCAAUUAUUCAAUACAAGGGUGAACUGGAGAAGAAAAUACCAAAUGUGUAUACGUGGGCUGAGUUUAUGAAGCUUGGUGAAGGGGUUUCAGAUGCUGAGUUGGAUGAAGUGAUUAAAAGCCAAAAGGCUAACGAAUGCUGCUCUCUUAUCUACACCUCUGGAACUACGGGAAACCCAAAAGGAGUCAUGCUCAGUCAUGAUAAUAUCACAUGGCUCUCGAAUGCAGCGGGUCUUAUGGCCAGUGUGAACAUGGCAGAGGCGUCUUUGGUGAGCUACCUGCCCCUCAGUCAUGUGGCAGCCCAGAUCAACGACAUGUGGAUCUCCUUGAAGUUUGCUGGAACUACCUACUUUGCAGAACCAGAUGCACUGAAGGGUUCUUUGGCCCACACUCUGAGAGAAGUGCGGCCUACGGCCUUUCUGGGAGUUCCACGCGUGUGGGAGAAGAUGCAGGAAGCGAUGAAAGCCGUCGGUGCAAAUUCUUCCGUCAUGAAGCAAAAAAUUGCUGCUUGGGCCAAGGGUAUAGGACUUCAGGCCAGCUAUAAUGCCAUGAAUGGGGAUCCCUCUGUGCCCUGGGGCUUCACGCUGGCUAAUAAUCUGGUCUUCAAGAGAGUGCGCGCUGCUCUUGGGUUGGACCGCUGUAGGCUCUAUUUCACAGGCGCUGCUCCCAUCACCAAGGACACGCUGGAGUACUUCAUGAGCCUCAACAUUCAAUUGCUUGAGGGGUAUGGCAUGAGUGAGAGCACGGGACCACACACCAUGUCCUGCACCAACUGUUUCCAGAUCAUGAGCUGCGGUAAGGUGAUACCAGGCUGCAAAACCAAGCUGGUCAAGCCAGAUGCUGACGGAAAUGGGGAAGUUUGCUUCUGGGGGCGGCAUGUUUUCAUGGGCUACCUGAACAUGCCUGACAAAACCGAGGAGGCGCUGGACUCAGAAGGCUGGCUGCACUCAGGAGACCUUGGAAAGCACGAUAAAAAUGGCUUCCUGUACAUUACAGGCAGAAUAAAAGAACUGAUCAUCACUGCUGGAGGAGAGAACAUCCCGCCAGUCCCCAUCGAGGAUGCUCUUAAAGAGGAAGUGUCCAUCAUUAGCAAUGCCAUGUUAGUGGGAGACAGAAAGAAAUUCCUGUCCAUGCUUCUCACUCUGAAAUGUCAGGUUGAUGAGAACGGAGAUCCCACAGAUAAGCUGAGCCCACUGGCUGUGCAGUUUUGCCAGCAACAUGGAGUCACCGCCAGCAAAGUGUCUGAAAUCAUCAACAACAAAGAGCCAGCCAUUUACAAAGCCAUCCAGGAAGGUGUAGACAAAGUCAACGCCAAGGCCACUUCCAACGCUCAGAGGGUUCAGAAGUGGAUUCUCCUACCGCAGGACUUCUCCAUAUCUGGGGGGGAGCUUGGUCCCACUAUGAAGCUCAAGAGGCCAGUUGUCACAAAAAUGUACAAAGAAGAAAUUGACAAGUUUUAUGGGGAAUAAACCAUCAUAAUGUUGGACUUUAACCUGAAGGUGCAGUGUGUAAGAAUUAGGGGCAUCUUUGGCAGAAAUGGAAUCUAGUAUACAAAACCAUGUUUUCAUUAGUGUAUAAUUACCUAUAACAAUGAGUCAUUGUGUUUUUGUUAGCUUAGAAUGAGCCCUUCAUAUCUAUACCGUAGCGGUCCUCUUCCAACAUGUUGUCCUGCCAUGUUUCAACAGUAGCCCAGAGUGGACAAACCAAAUACUGGCUCUAGAGAGUGCCUUUCACGUUUUUGCAUUGAAGUGGCUGCUGGUGUUGGCCAACCAUGUUGUAUCGUGAGAAGUUUGAGAAACCAAAUUUUGAGAAAUGGAGGAUCAUACUUAUUAUUUAGCACAAGAAAAAGCAAGGGAGGGUGAAUCCUCACCAUCAAAGAAGCGAAAACCUGAAGAACAAAACGAAAUCAGGACACACGACAGCAGAAAACAUAAGGCCACCAUAGUACUACUACUAGAUGCUUGGAAAGAAGAUGGUGAAGGAGGGGCACUUGGUUGCAAUCUGCAACUUCAUCACUGGAUGCCACUAAAUAUUACACACUGCUCCUUUAAGAGUGUGGUAAACUGGACAAAUACAUCCCUGUCUAGUUAGGUUUGAGUUGCUCAAACGUAUCAGGUUUUGCUCACUCCAUCUCACAGACAGCUAACAGAACGCUGUUCAGCUGUCAGUGUGUGUACAUAGCACUUAAUGAUGAAAGCACUUUUUGUACAUAAUGGGCUCAAUCAUAGCCAUAGCUGGCACCCACAACAUUGCACUAAUCUGUGUUAACUAUGUUGUAUCUAUAGCAAACAUUUGCUAAUUUAACUGCUGGACCAAAGUGCUUUAAUAUUGUCUUAUGUCACUUGAUAACUGCCACUGUUGGCUAUUUGAUAAAUGAUUACACUACAUAUGAAACUAUAGGUAGGUUUAUAUCACUCAAAACCUACAGAUAAAAUCUAGAAUGUGUUAUUAUUGAAGUCAUGCUAACUCAUUAGCUGAAGUUUAUUGUUAGCCAUUUCUGCACUUACAGCUGAUCUGAGCUCAGACUUGCUGUUUGACUGAGAUGUAAGGAAUCUAAUAGGACAUCAAAUUUGCUCCGUGUGACAGUUAAGCGUCUCAAAGUAGUGCAGUAAGAAAACAGCCUCAGGAGUGACCGCGUUUCUCUAGUCACAGUUCAAAAGCAAAAGUGCUAUGCGUAGUCCACAUUAAAUAUGUUGUGCAGUUCAAGCAAUGCUAUGAUUUCUCAGAUAUGGUUUGCAGUCGCUUGUUCACAUGUUUUUCACAGAAUGUGCAGACAUAUGUCUCUUCUGUUCUGUAGAGGAUAUAGAUAUUUAUGAAAAUGUUUAUCUCUUAACAACAAAACAACAAUUCUUAAAAUAAAUUGAAGAUGGACAUGUACA